ACAUUUGUUGUUUGUUCUGACUCUUUCUGCAUCAGCUUCACGUCACUGGUUCAUGAAAAGAUGAUCUCCAUGUGCAGCAGCCUAUGUGACUAUCUGUCAAACAAAAACGGGUCAAGGCACCUUGUGACUUUUGUUAUGGUAUUGGCCAGUCUCACCACCUUGGGGAUUCUGCUUGCUAUUGCUGUGCUUGAGAGACCCCGGGCUCCCCAGAGUCACGUCAUUCUUCCUCUGGAUGUAGUAGAUGGUGAUAAGCUUUCUGUGGACCAAUGCAGUAUGAGUCUGGUGGAGAGUAUUCCUCAACACGUAAAAUAUAAAGCCAAUGUAACAUUCGGGAUCCCUUUGGAAAAAGCUUGGAAAGAUCUUCUCUCCAUGGCAACGGAAGAGCUGGAAGUGGUGUCUUUUUACUGGACAUUGACUGGGAAGGACAUCAAUGUCAACUCUUCGUCUGAUAUACCAGGGCGGGAAAUCCUGGAGCACAAGUCGCUUCCCUCCAAGAACGUCUCUCUCCGACUAGUGACCAGCGUUCCUUCAAUUGUAGCAAACUCCACUGAUUUAAAGAUCUUAAAACAGAAAGGAGCGCAUGUGCGUAAGGUGAACUUUGGUCGCCUGACAAAUGGGGUCCUGCACAGCAAGUUCUGGGUAGUGGACAGAAAGCAUGUAUUUGUAGGCAGCGCCAACAUGGACUGGAGGGCUCUGACACAGGUCAAAGAACUGGGUGCCGUCAUCUAUAACUGCUCCAGUCUGGCAAGAGACCUCCAUAAGAUCUUCCUGUCUUACUGGGUGAUGGGACAGCCCAAUAGCACCUUGCCAGCUGUUUGGCCAAGCACCUUUGACACUAACAUCAAUAAAGCGCGCCCCCUGCUGGUGAAAGAUGGAAACAUCACCAGCCAACUCUACAUAGCAGGUUCCCCACCAUCAUUCUGUCCUGCAUCACGGACUCAAGACCUGGAGGCUAUUAUAUCCAUUAUCUCAGAAGCUGAACAUUCCAUUGACGUGGCUGUCAUGCAGUAUUUACCCACACGACAGCGCAUGAGAUACUGGCCCCUUAUUGACACCGCAAUCAGGACAGCUGCAGUUGACAGGAAGGUGAGGAUCCGGAUGCUUAUCAGCUGCAGGAGAAGCUUCUUUCCUGCAAUGCUGCCAUUCCUUCAGUCCCUCGCCUCACUGAACAGCAUCCAGGAGAAUAUCAGGAUCCAAAUUAAGUUGUACAUUAUACCAAUGGGAAACCAGACAAACAUUCCCUUUAGCCGAAUCAACCACAAUAAAUACAUGGUGUCUGAAAAAAUGGCCUACAUUGGCACAUCCAACUGGUCAGGGGACUACUUUGUAAACACAGCUGGAGUAGGUCUGGUGAUUUCCCAGCAAGCUCCUUACCCUUUAUGGAAGACCAAGACCGUGCACGGCCAGCUUAAGGCUGUGUUCAACAGGGACUGGUACUCUGACUUUGCGGUGAACCUGUCCACCCUGGGACAUCACCCAGAAUGUAUGCUGUCAUCAUGAGCAUUUAUAAAGGCUUUCCAUAUUCAGGCAUUUAACUCCAACUAUUUAGUUUUUGUCACCUUUAUAUCUACUAUUGAUAUGAACUAUUUCCACUUGUCCAUACAUUUUCUAUACUGCUGAAGACCUGAAUUAAUGAAGUAUUGUGUCGUAUAUUGUGAAAUUGUCUUAUUUUCAUAAAAUUGUUUUAAACUGUCCAUUUAAUGCAGAUGCUUU